AAUGGAUGCAUUUUGCAGCUCCCAGCAUGCAUUGUGGGAUACAAAGGAGACUGGUGGAUUCUGAAGCGCGAGCUGGUGAGGAUUGUGACACGAGCGCAAGGGGAGCAUCAUCCAAACACUUUGUGUUACCAGAUACCCAGCUGGCCUCAACGACCGACCCACCAGUUACCAUGAACUACCUACGCAGGCGUCUGUCCGACAGCAGCUUUGUGGCCAACCUCCCCAACGGCUACAUGAUGGACCUGCAGAGUGGGCCUCGCCCCACCCCGCCCUCUUCCACCUCCAAUCCCGCCUCCCCAGCCACAGAGAGGCGAACGCCCCCCAGCCUGCCACCACAGGUCCCGGCCUCGGGCUCGUCCCCGGCCCCGACCCCGACCCCCGGGGGUUUCCUGAGCUCCUUCUCCAGUGUGGUGAAGACCGCCCAGUUGGCACAGAACGCUGCAGCAGCAGCCAAGGCUUCAGCGGCGGCGGCAGAAGCUGCCAAACCUGUCAUACGGAAGCCCAAGAUUCUAUUGGUCAUCGACGACCUGCACACAGACUGGGCCAAGUAUUUCCGAGGGAAGAAGUUGAACGGGGAGUACGACAUCCGGGUGGAGCAGGCGGAGUUCUCCGAGAUCAACCUGGCUUCGUACAUGAACUCUGGGUGUAUGAUUGAUAUGCAGGCCAUAAGAGGAGGAACCAAAGUGGUCAGAUCCUUCAAGCCAGACUUUGUCCUGAUUCGCCAGCAUGCCUACAGCAUGACUCCGGGUGAAGACUUCAGGAGCCUGGUGAUUGGCCUUCAGUACGGGGGAGUCGCCAGCAUCAACUCCCUGCUCUCCAUCUACAACUUCUGCAGCAAACCCUGGGUGUUUUCCCACAUGAUUAAGCUCUACCACUCCCUGGGCCCAGAGAAAUUCCCACUGAACGAACAGACCUUCUACCCCAACCACACACAGAUGGUGACAACACCAACGUUCCCUGUGGUGGUCAAGAUGGGUCAUGCCCACGCCGGCAUUGGCAAGAUCAAAGUGGAGAACGAACUUGACUUCCAGGAUAUUACCAGUGUGGUGGCGCUGGCCAGAACCUAUGCCACCUCUGAGCCAUACGUCCUGUCCAAGUACGACAUCAGGAUCCAGAAAAUCGGCAACAACUACAAGGCCUACAUGAGGACGUCCAUCUCCGGCAACUGGAAGGCUAACACAGGCUCAGCCAUGUUGGAACAGAUCGCUAUGACGGACAGAUAUCGUCUGUGGGUGGACUCCUGUGCCGAGAUGUUCGGGGGACUUGAUAUCUGUGCUGUGAAAGCCGUCCACGGAAAAGAUGGCAAUGACUACAUUAUCGAGGUGAUGGACAGUUCCAUGCCUCUGAUUGGUGAGCACGUGGAGGAGGACAGGCAGCUGAUCACUGAUCUAGUGAUCAAUAAGAUGUGUAGCGUGCUGCUCGGUAUCAACACACCACAGCCCAGUGCUGUGAAGCCACAGACGACCCAGCCAAGAAGGGCCCAAGGUGGGCAUCGCUCUGGCUCUGGUUCUCCCUCCCAGUCAGCUCAGGGUUCUCCUCAGCGAGCCCGCUCAGCUAACACCUCUCCCAGCCAGGCCUUCCAGCCAGGACCCAUCCCACCUCCCGCCGCCACCGGCCCUGGCUCCCAGAAACAACCUCCUCAACUGAACAAAUCCCAGUCGCUCACCAACACCUUCACUGAGACCCUGAAAGGGAACGCCACGGACGAUGAGGCCAAGGCAGAGACCAUCCGCAGCCUGCGCCAGUCCUUCGCCAGCCUCUUCUCCGACUAACUUCAACAGACUCCCCAUAUCCAUCCGCCUACUGUCAGCCAUUGGCCUCCAGAAGAGCUCCAAGAUACCAUUAUUUUACAGGGCGCGCGCUCAGUCAACCCACAGAGCGGGAUCUUCCUGUCCACCACGUCCUACUUCCUGUUCUUA